CACUUUUCGCAGCACUUGGUGGUUCUCCAAUUCCGUGUCGAAAUCUUCUUAGGGUCAGACGAUCUAAUAAAGCCGGAUCGCUGUAUAGAAUCAAUCAGUUUCGUUGCUGCGCAGUUUCUUCAACUUGAGAUUAAGGGGAAUUCUCACUUACCUGAAGAGGGACUAGUUAGAUCGUAUUGCUCGAGAAAGAUUGAAAAGCUUAAGUUACCCAAUUUUGAAAGAUCAAAAGAUUUUAAAUAGGCGGAUCUGUCCAAGGUCGAGGUCGGCACUUUGUUAGAGAAGUACACUAGUUUAAUUCCAGAUGAUACGAAGCUUCCGUGAACGAAUCUGAUUCUUAGGCUACUCAUCGGAGAGAAUCUGGAAUUUGUAUUUGAUCUGGUCCUCUUUGGAAUUGUAUUUGAUCUGGUCCUUUAGGUGGUGCUAAGUUGUAAUCAAUAAUGGGUACGGAGAAUAAAGGCUAUCCAAAUUUUCCAGCUAGACCUGCCCCAUCCUCCUCUCCAUUCGCAUCUGCUCCGCCGCCAGGGAUUCCUCCUCAGUCCGGUGGACCACCCACUGGAUCAGAUGCGGUUGGCUUUAGACCUUUUCCACCAUCUGCAUCCCAACCUAUAAGACCUUUCACUCCUUCUGGUCCUCCUCCAGCUCCAACAGUGGGUGGGAUGAGGCCUGCCCAACCUUCUCCUUUCGUUUCUCAGAUUCCAGGGAGUAGACCUCCGCCCCCUUCAUCUAAUUCGUUUCCUUCAACAGCAUAUGGUCCUCCUCCUCCUCCUCCUGGUGCUACCCCUUUUCAACGUUUUCCAUCUCCGCCAUUCCCGACUACACAGAACCCUCCUCCUCAAGGUCCUCCUCAAACUCUUGCUGGUCACUUUUCACCUCCAAUGUCUCUUCGCCCACAGCAACAACCGAUGGGACCUCCCGCACAAACUAUGACAUCUGGGCUACCUGGAGCAAAUACUUCCCCCUCUCCUGCAGAUUUUAAUAUGGCUGCCAGACCUGGUUUUCAACAGUCAAUGCCUCCAGUUACUCAGUCUUAUCCUGGUGUGGGAGGUUUACAGCCAUCUUUUCCUGGUUAUCCGAGCAAACAGGUCUCACAGCCCCCUCCGAUGCCAUUCCAGGGUCCUCCAGGACCUCCUCCAGUCUCAUCAUAUCCUCCUCAGAUAGGAGGUUUUGCUCAGCGACCAAAUUUAGCAGCACAGCAGAAUCUGCAUCCAAGCUACGCACCUCCUACCAGUAACGUUCAAGGCUUGGUUGAAGAUUUCAACUCGCUAUCUCUUGCAUCUAUUCCUGGAUCGAUGGAGCCAGGACUUGAUCAUAGAGCAUUCCCAAGGCCAUUGGAUGGUGACGUGGAGCCAAAUUCAUUUGCUGAUAUGUAUCCCAUGAAUUGCCAUUCUAGAUAUCUUCGACUGACGACUAGUGCUAUACCGAAUUCACAGUCUCUGGCUUCGAGGUGGCAUUUACCUCUAGGAGCAGUGGUUUGUCCACUUGCAGAGACUCCUAAAGGGGAGGAAGUACCGCUUAUUGAUUUUGGCUCAACUGGCAUCAUCCGCUGCAGAAGAUGCCGUACCUAUGUGAAUCCUUAUGUGACUUUUACAGAUUCUGGAAGAAAGUGGCGGUGUAAUAUCUGUUCUAUGCUUAAUGAUGUGCCUGGUGAAUACUUCUCACAUUUGGAUGCUAAUGGCCGAAGAAUGGAUAUGGAUCAACGGCCUGAGCUGACUAAGGGCAGUGUGGAAAUCAUAGCUCCAACUGAAUACAUGGUUCGGCCUCCGAUGCCACCUAUCUACUUCUUCCUCAUUGAUGUUUCAAUUUCGGCUACUAAAAGUGGGAUGCUUGAGGUUGUUGCUCAGACGAUUAAGUCUUGUUUGGAUAAUCUGCCUGGUUAUCCUAGAACUCAAAUUGGAUUUAUCACCUAUGACAGCACUUUACAUUUCUACAACAUGAAGUCAUCUUUGAGCCAGCCGCAGAUGAUGAUUGUAACGGAUCUGGAUGAUAUAUUUCUCCCAUUGCCAGAUGAUCUCCUUGUCAAUCUAUCUGAAUCUAGAACUGUGGUGGAAGCCUUUUUAGACAGUCUACCUAUGAUGUUCCAAGAUAAUGUCAAUGUGGAAUCGGCUUUUGGUCCGGCGCUCAGAGCGGCAUUUAUGGUUAUGAACCAACUUGGGGGCAAGUUGCUAAUUUUCCAGAACUCGUUACCUUCUCUUGGUGCUGGGCGGUUAAAGUUGCGGGGAGAUGAUCCUCGUGUCUAUGGAACUGACAAAGAAUAUGCAUUAAGGGUAGCUGAAGACCCCUUCUAUAAGCAAAUGGCUGCCGAUUGUACCAAGUUCCAGAUAGGAAUUAAUGUUUAUGCAUUCAGUGAUAAGUACACUGAUAUUGCCUCCUUAGGGACUCUGGCAAAAUACACUGGAGGACAGGUGUACUAUUAUCCAGGUUUCCAAUCAUCUGUUCAUGGAGAUAAGUUAAGACACGAGCUGGCUAGAGACCUUACAAGGGAAACUGCGUGGGAGGCGGUUAUGCGAAUAAGAUGUGGAAAAGGAAUUCGUUUCUCGUCCUACCAUGGGAACUUCAUGCUAAGGUCUACGGACCUGAUUGCACUUCCUGCUGUUGACUGUGACAAAGCGUAUGCAAUGCAGCUAUCUCUCGAAGAGACACUGCUAACAACACAAACUGUGUAUUUCCAAGUCGCUUUGCUAUAUACCGCGUCUUGCGGAGAGAGACGUAUAAGGGUACACACAUCUAUUGCACCGGUGGUUGCAGAUCUUGGGGAGAUGUAUAGACAAGCAGACACUGGUUCCAUUGUCUCUUUAUAUGCUAGAUUAGCAAUUGAGAAAUCUUUGUCCGCAAAAUUGGAUGAUGCACGGAAUGCAAUACAGCAAAAGAUUGUUAAGGCCCUCAAAGAAUAUCGUAAUCUUCAUGCGGUGCAGCAUAGGUUGGGAUCCAGAUUAAUAUACCCAGAGACUCUGAAGUUCUUGCCAUUGUACGGAAUGGCAAUUAUUAAGUCCACCCCACUUCAAGGUGGCCCUGCUGAUGCUUCUCUUGAUGAGCGCUGUGCGGCAGGGUUCACCAUGAUGGCUCUGCCUGUUAAAAAGUUAUUGAAGCUUUUGUAUCCCAAUUUAUUCCGUGUUGACGAAUGGCUUUUAAAGCCAUCAGCAGACCACGAUGACUUGAAUAACGUAUUAAAGAGGUUGCCUCUGGCUGCGGAGAGUUUGGAUUCUAGAGGCCUUUACAUUUAUGAUGAUGGUUUUCGAUUAGUUUUGUGGUUUGGCCGGAUGCUUUCACCUGAUAUUGCGAAAAAUCUUCUUGGGGCCGACUUUGCAGCGGAGCUCUCAAGGGUUACGUUUCAAGAGCAGGGGAAUGGGAUGUCAAAGAAGCUAAUGAGUUUGGUAAAGAAACUGAGGGAGAAUGAUCCCUCAUAUCAUCCCAUGUGUUUUCUAGUGAGACAAGGAGAACAACCCCGAGAAGGCUUCCUUCUCCUGAGAAAUCUCAUUGAGGACCAGAUGGGCGGUUCAAGUGGUUAUGUUGAUUGGAUUUUGCAAAUUCAGCGCCAAAUUCAACAAAACUAAGGUAGCUCACAAUGACAAGUAGGGUGCCUCGUUGUAAACCAUUGAAGAAGUCUCGAGCACAAAAAUCUCCUAGUGAAAGAGCCGGGUCAUGGCAGCCGCCAGGCUUCCUUAAGCCAUAAUGUGUUGUUUUGGGGAAAAAAGAAGCGCUACUUUGGAUAUUUCUUCAUUUUGUUUCCUAUUAGACCUUUUUCUCAAGUAUAGGCUUUCAUUUGCCUAACCAGAAUGGUUUUGUUUUGUCCAUGAGAUUAGUCGUUGUUCAAUCUUUUCUUCUCUUUCGAUUUUUCUUGUUGUUGUGCGUCUGUUCUAGAUUUAUUUUGGGAGGUAUCAGUUCAUGAAUCUGUCGUAGAAGAAGAUGGCUUCUUUUCAGAAUUUAACAUAUUUAUUCUUAUAUAAUGUUGUGAAAAAACCUUACAUUCU